UCAAGCUGCUGAUUGUGAAGGAGAGAGAAUACCAGGAAAAAAAGGAGAAGAAAAGUGAAAGAGAAGUAUCAACUCUCAAGGACGAGCUGACCAAGCUGAAAGCUUUUGCUUUGUUGGUUGUGAAGGAGCAACGGAGCCUGAGCGAGCUGCUGGAGGAGCAGAGGCAUCGUGUCAAAGAAUUGACCGCCAUCACUGACCACAUCAAGCAGGAGGUCAGUGCAAGUGCACAGAAAGAGGGGCUCAAAUCCCUGCACCUCAAUCAAGUUUCCAUCUUCCACCAAAGACACAUCAUGACAGCCCCGAGCCUGCUGUCAGAGGUCGAGGUCCUGAGGAGGAGAGUCGUGGAAAUGGAGGGAAAGGACGAGGAGCUGAUACGCAUGUGGGAUCAGUGUCGAGACCUGGACCGCAGACUUGCGAGGGAGACGAGCCACUGCCGCAGCUUGAAAGUUGAGGUGGAUAAACUCAACGGCAGGAUCAGUGAACUGGACAGGUUAGAGGAGGCUUUAGGUAAGAGCAAGCAGGACUGCAGUAUUCUGAAGGGCAGCUUGGAGCGAGAGAGGGAGGCGAGUAAGAUGCUGUCCGGUGAGCUCGACACUCUGAAAGUUCGGGUGAGAGAGCUGGAGGCCAGUGAGGGCCAGCUGGAAAAGAGCGAGGCGGUGAUUAGGCAGGACCUGGCCAAGCUCAGGUCACUGACAGUAGCUUUGGUGGAGGACAGAAAGACCAUGGCCGAGAGGCUCCACCAAGCAGAGGAGAAACUCAACAGGAAGGAAGGAAAAAGAAACGAGCAGAGCAAUUUGGCAACAAUGACAGAAAGACUGAGAGAGGAGAGGCAGCAGGCACUGAGGUCAAAGGUAGAUUUAGAGGAAAGGAUUAAGGGCAUAGCAAAGGAAAAACACGAGCUCCAAGACAGACUAAAAACAGAGGAGGAGAGGAACGGAGAGCUACAGAGCAAAAUAACUAUAAUGAAGAAAAGGUUACAAGUUUUGGAAAACAGGAAAGAAAAAGAGGAGAAGUACAGCUCUAUUCCAAAUCAUCAAUGCCAAACAGAGGACAACAAGGUCAAAGAACUGACCCGGGAGCUGGAUAGGCUGCGAAAACGACUGCAAGACAAGGAGGUGUUGGAGGAAGAACUGAUGAAGGUGGAGGAGGACUUUGAGUCACUGCAAAAGAGGUUGAAGGAUGAACAGAGGAGGACUCAGGCUCUAACAGAGGAGCUGGAGGCUGCAAAGAGGGAGCUCUCCAGGUACGAGCAGGCAGAGAAGCAGGAGGUCAGCCAGGAACACCUUCUCCUUUGCCGCCUUCAGAAGGAGCAGGUGAAGUCCAGACUAUUAGGCAGAGAGGUGGACGCCCUGAAGGAGAAACUCCAGAAGCUGAUGGGAACCGAGGAGUCCAUCUGCAGAGUUCAGACGGAUCACUCCGUGCUGCAGAGAAAACUUAACCAGCAGGAGGCCAGUAACAGAGAGCUGGCCAGGGAGAUGAAGGAGCUGAGUAGCGAGCUGGACAGGCAUAGACGAAUCAAGAGUCUUUCACCUGAUGCAGACAGACAACACUUUUCAGAUAUUCAUCAAACCACCAAAGAGGUUCAGACCGAGCCUGCAGACUACAGCGAGAAACUAGAUGAGGAGAAUGAGGAUCCAAACCACAAUGCAGAAGUCAUAAACAGAAGAAGCUCUCUUGUCAACAACAUGAACAGCUUAAACAGUGCAAAUAAUAACAUCAGUCAAUACAGCAGCCAUUCAGCCAAUGGCAUGGAUAUGCACCAAACGGUUAACGGAGAGGUGAUGAUGUUAACGCACACACCAGGGCAGCCCUUGCACAUCAAAGUAACCCCACACCAUAUACUCAACACAGCCACGCUCGAGAUCAGCAGCCCCACCGGAGACGCAGCAACAUCUUACACCAGCACAGCCGUCAUACCAACAACCGGCGCCUCACCGAAACAGAGAAUUACCAUCAUCCAGAACUCAGCUCUGUCUGCAGUUAAUACUAAAACCCCGCCUUCGAGCCCUGACCGCACCGUCUCCCCACUUGACAGUACACCCAUGUCUCGGGUUUUAAGUCCAAAUUCAUCACGCUCUGCAACCCCUGACCACAACAACUCCCCCAUUCAGAUCGUAACAGUCCGGACCUGUUCUCCAGAACCAGAGGCUGCACAUCAGACAGUCUUUUGCAAGACGCCAGAGCGGCAGAACACCUGGCAGCAUCAGCGGUCCAACAGCACCGACACGAACCCCAGUAUCAUCGCCACGGAGGAUAACAAGAUCCAUAUCCAUCUGGGGAGCCCCUAUAUCCAGUCUCUGAAUGGUAUGACCCACAGCAUCCCGCAGCCUGUUGGGCCAUACUAUCUUCGACAUGAGCAACGGACUCAAGUGCUUGCCAAUGGAUGUCAUGUCAAAGGCGUUGGCAAGAUUACAAGUAGCAUAACGAUAUCACCUGCUACCUCUGCAGCUUCACAUUCCUCGAAUAUUACAGUAAGUGGCCUUUGUGAUUAGGUGAAGAUGUAUAGAUUAUAAACUAGACUUGAUGUCCCGAUCAAGUUUUCUUUACCACGAUCUGAGUCAUUUGCAAUACUUAGUUAUUAAGUUAUUAAAAUCAAGCCAGUGUUUGUGCUUGACACUUUAAUAGCUCUACAAUGCAACACAAGAAAAAAGGGCUGCAUUAAAAUUUUUGGCCAGAGUUCCUAAGGUUUUUUUUAUUUUUAUUUUUACAAAACAACUAAAUAUAUUUUUACAUGCCUCUUAAAACAAUUCUGCAUAGUGUUGCAUUUUUUAAACAUAAAAAUAACUAAGUAAAGAAAAUAAUAUGUCUUUAGAAAUUGCUCUCAGUUCCUCGUAGUACAGCAACUCUUUUUUAAAUAAAAUAACCAAGUAAACAAACUAAAUAUGUCUACAGAAAAUACUCUCAAACCCACUUGUUGCAUUGAAAUAAAAGUAAGGAACACUAUAAAUGAGUAAUAUAAUCACAAUUCCACUUCCAAGUCGUGUUGUAUCUUAAGGUUAAUAUUCACAAUCACAGCAAUAGAAAUCUGUCACAAUUCUGUUCAUUACAGGAUUAUAAUAAAACCAGUUUACUAAAAAUGAACAAUAAAAACUUCAGUUCCACUUGAAUUGGCUUA